AAUUUCCUUUUUUUUUCUUCUCACAUUGCAUUACAUUGUCUUGACUAUUGAAUGCAAACAUCUAAUGGCAUGAUUCAUUGACUUCAGUGGAGUCACAGCAGAUGUGACUUCAGCACUUUUCAAGUUUUUCAGACAUGAUUUCAUAAAUAUCCCUAGAGCUAAAGAAUCCAAUAAAGCAGAAACUUUUAAUGUUGCUGAUGUCAAAGUUACUGUCUUAAAAUGGGUGAACAAUGGAAGUAUAUCCAAGGAAGAACAAGCAUGGCCACUACUUGCAUUAGACUUAGAAUUUUCUUUAUGAAGUAGAUUUAACAUUGUCACUGUCGUUUGUCAGAAUGUCAAUUUAAUAGGUGGAAAAAGCAGUAGUCAGCCACCUUCCCAGUAGUAUGCUUAAUAUUUGGAAACAUCCAAAAAUUGCUGCAAUAUGAAAUGAACAGGCAAGGUCUAUUUUGCCUAACACUGUAUAUUCUUUGCUCUGUAUUCUUAGAGGGCAGUUAAAAUAAAGCCUCUAAACUAUAAUCAUCAGUACAUAACUGACCUGAGGUGAUGCAACUUAGAGAGGCUGAGCUUUAAAUACCCUUUAAGUAGCCUUAAUAAUAGAGAGGUUGCCGUCCUACAUUAGCAGUUGCAUACGGCUUAUUUACUCGCCUUGAGAAACGCUGGGUUAUUGUUGUUUGAAAAGGUAGGCAAUUUUGUAUAUUUACCAACAAGAUUAAUUGUGCAGAAUUACUCUACAAGUGGCAUAUUUGUUAAUGUUUCCGCAUGCUGCCAUUUUUAUACUUCCACUGUAUCUUUUUAAAAACCUGGUAUGUUUAAAAAUUCAGGCUACAGCAUGGGAAGAAAUCUUUUUAGACCUUUUGAGGUUAAGCUCUUUGUAACAAUGAUGGUUUUGUAUCAUAUUUUAAAAAGAUAUAAAAUAUCUCAUGUAUAAUACCACUUUUAAGUAUUUGGAAGUUUUGCUGGCUUCUCUUGCAGUGAGAUUUGUAUGUCGUAAUCUCAUCUAAAGUAAAGUACUGAUAUCAGGCAUAAUUCACCCUGUGUGUUACUCCAGUGAAUUCUCUUGCUUUAUCUAAAAUUAAUUCUGCCCAAGGUAUUUAUUCAAAGCUUAAUAGAUCAUUGUCUAAAGUCUCUAGGUGUAAUAAUGAUAUUUUAACUAAGAUGACAUUUUUUCUGUGAUAUUUUCAUUUUACACUUCUUAUGAAGUGAAAGUCUUCCUCCCAAAGUCUUGUUGGGCUAAUGUCUUGAGACUCCAUAUCAAGUACAUAAAUCUGCCACCUGAGUUGCCCUCAGUGGGAAUCUUGAAUUCUAAGAAUCUCUGAAUAAGAAUUUAUUCAGUUGUUAAAUAUCGAUUUAAGAAUCUAGCACAGUUGAGCCCUGCUGCUAUAGACACUUUAAAGCUAUUAGAUAGACUGGUACAGGGAAGCUCAUUGAAAAGGUAGUGGCUUGGUGUCUCGGGCUCACUGUUUGCAAAGAAUGCAUUAAAAAUGUUAGGGCGUAUUUGUUGCUUUUCAGUAAAUGGGUUAUAAACCCUGUUGACUGCAUAUAGCUGGCUGAAAGCUCCAUGCAAAUUUGCUGUAGUUCAUGUUAGGGCAGAUUUCUUCUCACAUAUGUUGGGGUGAAGUUAUGCAACUCCUUUAGACAACAGAAGAAACUCCUAUUAACUUGGAAGGACAAGAUUUCCAGGUUUAUCAUCUCAUUUUUCAAGUUGUCGGUGGAAAAAUCUAAGAAUAAGCAGCAAAAUGGAGGUGCAUAGAAUAAACUUUGACUUUUUUACAUAAUAUCCAGCCAAAUCCUGAAAUCUGCAUAGUUCAUUCAAUUUAUUUUGCUCCAUUUAAAAUCUCCUUUGCAAUAGCUUCUUCUAACUCAUAAACUCAUUAUUCAUGUUUAUGUGAAAAACUGUUAAAAAUCUAGAGACUGUUAAAAGCUUGCAUUGAGAGAAUGGGAAAUACUACAUUUUCCCUAUGAAAAAUAGUAAGGAGAAAAAUGGCAUUAUGAUGGUAUUGUUGUUUGUUAUUCUGAAUCUCAGAGUGUCUCAUUCUGUAUUGCUGAUACUGCUUUGAUCCUAAAGAAACCUGGUUUGAGAACAAAAAGGGGGCUUAUAAUAACCCAGCUUUCAGUGUGCUGAAGCAUCACUUUCUGCUCAAGCAGCACAUUGAUCAUAAUAUUUUUGAAACUGCUGACUGAAUCCUAGGCCAUCUUUCAGCUUUAAAAAUAAUAUGUAAUAUUGAAUAUUUAAUAAUAGAGUGAAAAAAUAAAUAUUGGUUUGUGAGAAAUCUGCACUGAUCAGCUGCUAUGUAUUUCUAGUUACUGGCUACUGGCAUUAAUUAAAUGAAAAUUAAAAAUCCACGUUGUCAUUAAUCUAUGUGCAAUCAGUGCACAUUAUAACAAAAUACAUAUUUUACUUUGUAUUUUUCUUCAUAAAAAUAUAAUCUGCAGAUCGUACAACUGUCUUGCAUGUAGUGACAGUCCAUGAAGCCUGAGAGAUGAGUCACAGAGAGAGAUUAUCUAGUCUGUAGAUGUCUAUAUACAGCCUAAGCUGCAUUAGCUACCAGAGCAGAAGCAGGAAACUUUGCACUGGACUGGAACACACUCCUUUUCUUCUCUCUUUCAGCUCGCUCAUACUGCAAAGAUGUGUGACCAGACCUUUUUAGCAGUUGUAUUCGGUCCGUGUGACAAGUGCUCCAAAGAGAAGCCCCUUAGGGCUGUUUACAUCAAAUCAGAACAGCUCAGCUACUGCUCACUAUGUGUGGAAAUGAUGGCAACCGAGGGGCUGCACGAGAACGAGACCUUGGCGUCGCUGAAAACCGAGGCGGAGAGCCUGAAGGGCAAGCUGGAGGAGGAGCGGGCCAAGCUGCACGACGUGGAGCUUCACCAGGUGGCAGAGCGUGUGGAGGCACUGGGCCAGUUUGUGAUGAAGACCAGGAGGACGCUGAAGGGCCAUGGAAAUAAAGUUCUCUGUAUGGACUGGUGCAAAGACAAAAGAAGAAUUGUGAGCUCUUCCCAGGACGGGAAGGUGAUUGUGUGGGAUUCCUUCACUACCAACAAGGAACACGCAGUGACGAUGCCGUGUACCUGGGUGAUGGCAUGUGCCUACGCCCCGUCUGGAUGUGCCAUUGCUUGUGGUGGCCUGGACAACAAGUGUUCUGUGUACCCUCUGACAUUUGACAAAAAUGAGAAUAUGGCAGCAAAGAAGAAAUCAGUUGCAAUGCAUACAAACUACCUGUCUGCCUGCAGCUUCACUAACUCAGACAUGCAGAUUUUAACAGCAAGUGGAGAUGGGACUUGUGCUCUCUGGGAUGUUGAGAGCGGGCAGCUUCUGCAGAGUUUCCAUGGUCACGGAGCUGACGUGCUGUGCCUGGACCUGGCCCCUUCUGAAACUGGAAAUACAUUUGUCUCAGGGGGAUGUGACAAGAAAGCCAUGGUUUGGGAUAUGCGGUCUGGUCAGUGUAUCCAGUCAUUUGAAACCCAUGAUUCAGAUAUCAACAGCGUCAGAUAUUACCCAAGUGGAGAUGCUUUUGCCUCUGGUUCAGACGAUGCUACGUGUCGUUUAUAUGACCUUCGUGCAGACAGAGAAGUAGCAAUUUAUUCCAAAGAGAGCAUCAUUUUUGGAGCAUCCAGUGUGGACUUCUCUCUCAGUGGUCGUCUGCUGUUUGCGGGUUAUAAUGAUUACACCAUCAAUGUCUGGGAUGUGCUGAAAGGGUCCCGUGUGUCUAUUCUGUUUGGACAUGAAAAUCGUGUCAGCACCUUGCGGGUGUCUCCUGACGGGACGGCAUUCUGCUCAGGGUCCUGGGACCACACUCUCCGAAUCUGGGCUUAACGUGAGAUCCUGUAUGCAGAAUCAAAUGAAGACCUGGACUAUGAAAACAUCAUAAAAAUACCCCCCUAAUAAUCAGAUAUUCACUACACUACAGAAGAGUGACACCGAACCCACAGAUUAACACAGCUAGAUAGAACAUGUAAUCUGCUUGAACACGUAGCAAACAUCAACUUGUAGUAAAAUGAAAUGGUUUUAAUUCUGUUUUGAAUCUACUUUUAUUAGAACUAGUUUAGCUAAUUAUGAAGGGACCUUUCUCUGAAGUUAUCUGUAUCAUAGAAAUGAGUAUUUCAGUGCACAUUAUGUAUUUAUUUGCAUGGUUUGAGUUCAUUUUCAAAGCAAAAAAAAAAAAAAAAGAUUCCUGAUUUUAUCAGGGUGUAGCAUAAGACUUGGGAAGCAUUCCAUAGUAGUGCAUUGAAUUCUGGUGUUGAAAAGUGGGAAGAAAAGCAACUCUGACACUUUAUGAUGGCAUGGAUACUUUAUGGACGACUGAACCUCUGAACCUCGGUAGUAAGUAGAGGCCCUACUGUGAAGUUGCUGGCUGUUGUCAUAAAAAUGUAUUUUUUGUACAAAAAAAAGAAUCCUUUCAAUCCCCAUUUUUUCCUACCGUCUUUUUAGGUAGAAAUAAGUAUUUCAUCUCUGUUAUCUGAAUAUAAAAAAUCUAGAUAUAUACAAUAUAAUAAACUGCAAAUAUGAGGAAUAUAAACAUGAUUUACAUAAUCAUGAGGUAAUAUUUAACCAGUAGUUUCUUAGAAAUUUUUAAUUGUAUCACUUGGUGAGUGAAUUUUCUUUUACUUAAAGGAUGCUACAUGCUAAGCACUGAGGGAUACUACACGCUAAGCUCUAACCACCGUUAUACUGAUGGUCAAAUCUUUUCCAAGUCAGUCAUAGUCAUUCUGUGAUCACGAUUCUCGCUUGCAUUUUGAGCCAUUCACACCGCUUUUGCAGGUAGCCUUAAAUGUGCUUUAAGGCAGUGUAUUUCCAUUUAAAGAUCCUUUUGCAACAUCAGAACAGUGUAAGUCCUAGCAAAUGCAGGCCAAACCUUACAAGCCAACCUGCACAGUCCUUACUCUAACAGCUCUCAUACUGAAGCGAGACAGUUCUGCAGUAGCUGGACUUGAGAAUGAAAAACAGUAAGCUGUUGAAGACGUGCUGAGAGCCACAGUCCUGCCAGCAUUUAAUACUGGGCUCACCAGAGUGCAAGCCCAUCAGGGAGCAGCUGGCAGGACUAUCCCCAUGCAGAGCUGAUGCUGUAGAAGAUUUAUUCAGAUAAAGCUGAGACGGAGUUAAUUAUAGAACCAUUUGAAAAUUAUAUCUGCAUUCCUACAUUGAGAACGAUUGAGACUGGAGCGUGUCACCUUUGCUUAUACUGACAGGAGAGAAGUGCUGGAGUAAUGCUGGGGGUUUGCACAGCCUGCCCUUCAAAAUGCAAGUGAUAAGAUGCAUCUCUGAAAAGAUCAAAGAUAGGAUUUAUAUUUAGAUUGAAACAAGAUGAAACAAGCAAUCACUGGAGUUGGCUGUUCACGUAAGUUUGAUGAUAAUAUCCUCAUUCUAUUCUAAAACAGGAUUUAAAAAUAUAUACAGAUUUAUAAAGUUGUACCAGAAACAGUCUCCUCGUUCAUAAAAACAUCAGGUUCCAUGAAUCCAUAACCAGUUAAAUUAGAACACUGACAUUUGUAUCAGCCUUCAAUCCCUAAUGCAAUUUCUGUUGGUUUUGCUUGGAAAAGUAAGCUCUGUUGCUUUGGAAUAUUUGUGGCAAGCUAUCCCUGUAACAAACUGAAUGCACUAUGGAAAUUGUAAUGUUAUAUAUAGAUAGCUCACUGUGCAAUAUCGAGUCAAUACACUGUACACAUUUGGUCAAAAGAUGAAUAUUAAUGUUUAGAUAGUAUUUAUUGGUAAGAUACUUGUUCCAAACAUACUACAUUGUGUUGAUACUUAUGAAUGGCCUAAAUACAAUAAAUUGUAUUUUACAUACUGA